AUGAAGAGAAAUCCUCCUCCUAGUUGUACAACAGAUGCUAUCGCCACCACCAUGACACAAGAAUCAUCACCACCAUCACUCAAACAUGUACAUUUAGUUGAGAAAAUCCAUCAGGAGGCAACUGCUGAUGAUGCCCAAUCUGCAUCACUGAAUAUGGGAUCUACUUCAUUGAGUCAUGGAUUUGAUGAAGAUGAUGAUGAUGAUGAUAAUUCAUCAAUGGAUUCACUUUCAUCCGAUGCAUCCGCUUCAAGUAUUGGACAAUUGUAUAACCAACGCAACAAUCAUGCCACCAUGAUGACUCAAAACGUUUGUGCCGACUCUUACAGUACUCUCCCACCUAUGCAAAAUGUGUUUUAUUUGGGAGCCACUCAUUUGUAUGGAAACACCAACAACAUGACUUCAGGAGAAUAUCCAUCAGUCUUGUCAUUGAGCGUUCAAGAAGACCCAUCUUUUCUCAAUAGUUUCUAUGAUGAUGGUUAUUGCAGACCAUUCAAACUCAGAGUUAAAAUCAAUGAUUUGAGUGAGAAACUUCCUGAGGGAAUUUACACUGGUCUCGUGGAUUCAAUGACCUUGUUGACUUUGACAAAACCUUAUAGCAUGUUGAGUACCAAGGUCACUGUUCGUGAAGGAACCAAUAAUGAAGUGAUUGGACAAGUUUCAAAGGAUCUUUUCAAGAGAAACUUUAGCGUCAAAUCCACUGUGAGCAAUAAGAUACUUUACAAAAUUGUCCAAGAAAAGAACAACAAUGCGACCAUGUAUGGUUCACCUUCUACUGAGAAUUAUUCAAUUUAUGAACAAAAGGAAAAGAUCGGAAUGAUCAUGGUCAAGAAAGGAAAAGAAUUUCGUCUCGAUGUUCCACCUUCCUUAACUCCUGAAGAUAAGGCACUCUUGUUGUCUGCCAUGAUUCUCAUUGUUUUUACUUAUUAUGAAGAUGCCAAAAGUCAAACUUUCUUUGCCAAGAAUUGCAAGAAAAAGCAAUACACUCACUAUGUUCCACCAAAUUUCAACAAGAAUGAAGAUGGUGGCUUCUAUGGAUCCAAGAAUGAACGCUCUACUCAUGCUACCUGCGGUUAUCAACAGAGCAAGAUUGAUGACUUGAUUCCUGAAUCCAAUCGUUAUUUAUGA